AAAGCAGAUGUGAAAUCUCUCAUGGCGAAGUUUAACUCGGGAGGCAUCCCCACAGAAGAGGUCUCCGUUAACAGCCGACCCUUCAAAGUCCCAGGGCAAAAUGCACCUUCAGGAAUACAAGCUAAAAUGAACUUAUUCAACAACCAAGGAAAUGCCAGCCCUCCUACAGGACCCAGCAAAUUUGGGGGCCCCAAGCCACCUCUGGGAGUGAAACCUUCUCCUGAGGAAAAGACUGACAAGGAACCCAAGACCUCAUUUCCAAAGCCUACCCCUGGAGUCAACCAACGGUUUGGGACACAGGUAAACCCACCCAGCAGAGACCCUGAGGUGAAAGUGGGAUUUCUGAAACCUGUAGGCUCUAAGCCCACCAACUUGCCCAAAGAAGAUUCCAAACCUGUGUUCCCUCGGCCUCCUGGGAAUAAGCCAUCGCUUCCUGGUUUAAACCAAGACAAUGACUUAAAGCCACCAGGCCUAAAGCCCAGGUCAAACCCUCCAGCCCAGGAAAAUGAACAGAAACAAGUUUUCCCAAAGUUGGCAGGGGUUAAAGGCAAGUUUAUGUCAACCUCUCAAGAUCAUGACCCCAAGCCCCUCUUUCCUAAGCCCAUGUUGGGCCAGAAGUCGUCUCUGAGUCCCGAUGAAGAUGAGAACCCCGUGAAGAAUGCAUCUCCUCCAAGAGGAACCCCAGCCCCACUAGGGGCCAAAUCGAAACCCAGCCCCCUAAGACCAGCAAGGGAAGACCCUGACAGCAAAGACUCUGGAGGAGAGACGUCAAGCUCGCCUUUCCCUGGAGUGAUUCUGAAACCAGCAGCAAACAGAGGAGUUCCUGGCCUCCCCAGAAAUGCUGAAGAAAAAAAAGAAGAGAGGAAGAUUGAUACUGCCAAGAAUAUCUUCCUGAGCAAAGCGAACCAGGAGGAACCAGGAGCUGGAGCUCCUCCUGCCAAGUUCCCUAAGGUGCCUUCUAAACUGACUGUGGGAAGGCCGUGGGCCCAGAAUCAGGAGAAGGACAAGGGAGACAAAGGUCCAGCCAUCCCCAAACAGAAACCAUUGCCUCCUUUGUUUACCUUGGGCCCCCCUCCACCAAAGCCCAGCCGACCACCCAAUGUUGACUUGUCAAAAUACCGAAAACCUGCUUCGGCAAACAGUACCAGCAAAGGUCCAACGUCUUACUCAACAACUUCCCUCCCACCACCUCCACCAUCCCAUCCAGCCAGCCAACCACCACUUCCAGUAGCUCAUCCAACACAACCACCAGUCCCAAGCCUACCUCCCAGGAACAUUAAACCACCCCUCGAUCUAAAAAGCCCCGUAAGUGAAGAACAUCAAGAUGGUGGCAUGUACUCUGAAGGUGCUGGAAAUCCAGAUGAUGACCAAGAGAGUGAAGGCGAAACAUAUGAAGACAUAGAAGCAUCCAAGGAACAAGAGAAGAAAAGAGAAAAAGAGGAAAAGAAGCGUUUGGAGCAAGAGAAAAAAGAACAGAAAGAGAAAGAAAAGAAAGAACAAGAAAUAAAGAAGAAAUUUAAACUGACAGGUCCCAUUCAAGUCAUCCAUCAAGCAAAGGCUUGCUGUGAUGUCAAAGGAGGAAAGAAUGAACUGAGCGUCAAGCAAGGAGAUGACAUUGAAAUCAUCCGCAUCACAGACAAUCCUGAGGGGAAAUGGUUGGGCAGAACCACCAGAGGAUCAUAUGGCUACAUUAAAACAACUGCUGUGGAGAUUGACUACGAUUCCUUGAAACGGAAAAAGACCUCCUUUGGUGCUCUGGUGUCAAAGCCUGUUGAAGACGACCAGGAGGUAUAUGAUGAUGUUGCCGAGCAGGAUAAUGGUAGCAGCCAUAGUCAGAGUGGAAGUGGAGGAGCAUUCCCACCUCCACCAGAUGAUGACAUUUAUGAUGGGAUUGAAGAGGAAGAAGGUGAUGAUGGUUCCACACUACAGGUUGAAGAAAAGAGCAACUCGUGGUCCUGGGGAAUUUUGAAGAAGUUAAAGGGCAAAGAUGACAAAAAGAAAAGUAUACGAGAGAAAUCAAAAGUCUCUGAUUCAGACAAUAAUGAAGGUCCACCUUUUCCUGCUCCCCCUGAACAAUUGCAUGUGGGAGAUGAAGUAUAUGAUGAUGUGGAUUCCUCUGAUUUCCCAGCUCCACCAGCAGAGACAAGUCAAGGAACCCACCUUGGAAAGGCUAAAACAGAAGAAAAAGACCCAAAGAAGCUUAAAAAACAGGAGAAAGAAGAGAAAGACUUCCGGAAAAAAUUUAAGUAUGAUGGUGAGAUUAGAGUCCUAUAUUUAGCGAAAGUUGCACCCUCCCUCAGCUGUAAAAAGUGGGGGCACAGAGACCUACAGGUGAAACCUGGCGAAGCCCUUGAAGUUAUACAAAACACAGAUGACGUCAAAGUUCUCUGCAGGAAUGAAGAAGGGAAAUAUGGUUAUGUCCUACGGAGUUAUUUAGAUGAUGGUGAGGGUGAGAUCUAUGACGACAUUGCCGAUGGGCUGAGGCUGAGUAAGGGUACCAGCUUGUCUGAAACACAAGAAGAAGUGUGGACGCCUAAGUUUGCAGCUGAUGCCCAUUUGGACCUAGCCCCAGAUGGCUGA